GAUAAUCAAGUCACAAUCGAAAUUGUGCUCACAACGUUCCCAUAUACAAUGCAGAAUUGUUUCGUUCAAUCUUGAUUCAAUUUUGAUUUUGAUAGAAAAAUUUGACAACAUGACAAUCGCACCAAUUGGAAUUCAACCGAAAUUUGUAUACGGCCUUCGGUCUGAUAUAAAAGGAAAUAUCCAUUUUCUCGAAAAUCAAGAAGUAAUCUAUCCGGUUGCAGGUGUAAUCGCAAUUCACGAUUUCAAGCUACAAAAACAGACUUUUCUCCGUUUGGCAAAACACCAUACACCAACGGUUAUUGCAAUUAGUCCAAAUCGAAAAAUGCUUGCCAUUUCAGAGUGGAACGAAUUAAAAAAGAAGUGCAUCAUAAACACAUACGACAUUGGUUCAUUGAAGAAGAAGAAAAGUAUGAAAUUACCACCUGAAGUUCCAAGCCAAGAUGUUUCGUUCAUCAAAUUCACCGAAGAUUCAAGGGGGCUAGCGGUGUUGAGUAAAGAGCCACAUGCUUUUCUAACAAUUUUUUAUUUUGAUAAAUCCGAAACGGUUAUUGUUGGUCGUGUGUCAAAUGGAAAUCAGCCGGGCUUAACAGCUGAUGUGAUAGCUUGUAAUCUAAGUGACACUGGACUCGUAGCGGUUGCAGGUAAAUUCACAUUUAAAUUGAUGUCACGCCAAGAUAAAAGUUUCGGUGUAAUUGGAACGAUGAGUGGUGAACAUAAAAUUAUCACAUCGUUAAUUUGGUUGACAGCAGAAAUACUUGUGGCAGGCACAUCAUCGGAUCAAUUAUUGUUUAUUGAAGGUGGUGAUCCAAAACAAAAUUUCAUCGCAAGCACCGUCCAUUUGCUCGACUUAGAAAAGGCAAAAGAGAACGAUGGUGAUCAAUCACAUUUGAAAUUGAAUCCAGUGUCGGGCGGUACAAGUGAGACGGAAGUAAACUGUCUUACAAAUUUUGAGAAUGGAUUUUGUUACUCGCAGUUUAAUCAAUUGUUUGUAUUUGAGAAAGAAAAAUCAUAUGUUCGAUAUACACGACGGUCUAUCAUCAAAAUACCCAUUGAUUUGUAUUCACCCGAAUCGUACAAGAUCACAAAUGUAUCAGUAAAUGUGCAAAUGGACACCGUUAUUGUGACCACAUUUCAUAGUCAAAUCUAUAUUUCAAAAUUGUUCGAUCCAGAAAAGGUGACACUUCAACAUUUGGAGUUUGCGAUGCUUGGUGAACCGUUGCACAUAUCGAGCAUCAUUUCAAUGUCGAUUUGUUCUUGGAAACCAAUUAUUAUGACAGCUUCCAAAGAUUUUACGGUUCGCAUUUGGAAUUAUGAAAGUACAAAGGUGGAACUUGUAAAGAAAUAUCAAUAUGAUGUCACUGCUUUGGCACUUCAUCCGACCGGUUUAUUUGUUGCCAUUGGAUUCGCUGAUAAAUUGCAUUUGAUGGAAAUACUUCUGAAUACCAUGAAAACUGUCAAAGAAUUUGAUUUUCCGAAUUGUGACGAAAUUGUAUUUUCACAUGAGGGACACUUAUUGGCAUGUGCCUACGGCAAUCUCAUAACCAUUGUUUCUGUUUUUUCAUUUGGUAUUAUUGGUUCAUUGAAGGGUCACAGUGGAAGGAUUUUAAGCAUGGCUUGGUCAUGUGAUGAUAAAUUUUUAGUAUCAUCUGGAAGCGAAGGUGCAAUUUAUCAUUGGUGCGUCUCGACCAAAGAACGUGUCAAUGAAUCAGUUGAAAAAGGCACCGAAUUUCGAUCGUUGGCACUCACUCGUGAUUCAACGAUUUAUGUCUGCACCAACACCGGUAUAUUUCGUGAAAUACACAAUUCAGAUAUCAUUCGAGAUAUCGAACCAAACUCAGGCGAUCCAUUAACACAAAUUGCAUUGGCAAGAUCAGAUCUAAUGCUAUUUGUUGGCACGGAAACCGGAAAUCUAUACAAUAUUCAAGUGCCAUUUUUAGAAGCCGGAGGCGGAACAUGUACACACUACAGAUUUUUCAGCGAUGCCAUUUCAUGCAUGAAAGUCACUUUCGAUGAUCGAAUGUUGGUUGUAGGUUCCGAUGAUGGUACUCUUAUAUUUUGGGUGAUUAUAAAUACAGAAGGAAAAACGGCCCUAGUUGACAGUGAGCAUGGAAAAUGUUCGGAUAUAAUUGUGCCACGAUGUGAUCUCAUUGAAAAAAUCGACAAAAUCGAAAAUCUAGAAAAACGUUUAAAUGAACAGUUGUCUGAACAUGAUUUUGAGUUGAAUCAUGUUCGAAAAAAGCAUUCAAUUGAAUUGGAGUUAACAUGUGAAAAAUAUGAAAAAAUUAUCAGCGACUUGAGAGAUGAGCGUAAAAAUUUGGAACAAAAAUAUCACGAGGAACGAAAUCUUAUUCAAUCAGCCGUAGAAGAUCGGAACGCCGAACACUCCAUCGAAAAAAUACAAUUAGAGGCAAAACUUAAUGAAAAAAUUCUGGCCGAAUCGGAUAAAUUGGCCAAUUUAAAAGUUGUUUUGGAUAAUUCCAAAGCCGAAUAUGAACAAUUAUUACACAAAGCGGCUGAAUGUCUGAAAGAAACGACAGACACUUUGGAGCGUUCAUUCAAAGACCAAAUAAAUGAUCGAGAAGAAAAAAUAUUGAAGCUAUUAAAUGAGAUUCAAACGAAGAAAGAAGAAUUUUUCCAUUAUUGUAAUCAACUGAAUUUGGACAAUGAUCGAAAAGUGGCUCAAUUAAAAGUGCACUAUGAGACUCGGCUCAGAGAAAGCAACGAGAACAUAUUACAAUGGCGAACCGAUGCAAACAUUUUGGCCAAAAAAAUUGAAAGCACGUCAACGACAUGCGAUCAACUGCGAUCUGACAUUGCACUUGUAUUGGACGAACACAGCAGAAAUAAAAAGUACAUUUGUCAAUUGGAGCAAAAUAUUGUUGAAUUACAACGAGAUCUUGAUCUACGCACCAAAUUAGUUGAAGACAAAGAAUUAUGUUUGAUUGAGACGAUGGAAAAAAGGUCAACAGUUGAAAAGAUGAAACAAUUCCUAAAUGAUAGAGCCAUACAAUUGGAAGCCCAAAUCAAUCCAUUGCACGAAGAAAUCAAGCAAAGCACAUGCAAAAUUAAUCAAAUGGACGAUUUGAAGAGGAAAUUAUUUUGGAAAAUUGAUGAACUGUAUAAUGAAAUACAAUUGUUACGGAAUCGAUGCAAAGCAAUCACGAUUGAUCUGAAAGCGGAAAAGGUUAAGAAUCAUCAUACAAACACUGUUAUUGAACGAAUGUGUUCAGAUAUUUCACUUAUGGUACAACACAUUCAGAAUUUACCAAAAUUAAAGGAACUCUCAAUUUGUAUGUUCAAAACGUAUGUAUCUUCAAGCCACGUCAAUAAAAGCAAAAUGAUUUCAAAUAUCGCUGAGGGUGAUGUUAAGAAAAAUAGCACCGUUACUCAAGACAAUCACACGAAAUUGGUAAAAAUGACCGAAAUCAAAAGAAAAAAUGCAAUAGAAGAAGAAGAACCAUUCGAAAAGAUGAAACUUAUAAAAGAGAACUUAUUUUUACUAUCGGAAAUUGAUAAACUGAAGCAAAAAAAUAUUUCACUAAAUCAACGCGUUUAUUAUUUGGAAUCAUUUAAAAGGGUUGCAACGAACAAUUCAACACAAUAGUAAAAGAAUCUGAAUCAAGGUUUCCAUUUCCACAAAAAAAAAAUCGUAAAUAGUUUCCAACCCCAGAAAUUUAAUUUUAAACACAUUAUAUUGUUACUCAUUGACAAUUAUGACACAAUAGUGACCCAAAAAAUAAUAAUUUUUGCAGAUUGCAAUUGUAUACAAAAAAUCUUUAUUUGUAUGAACAAAUUAUUAGCCCACUAUUUUGUCUUCAACAAUUUCUAUGUCUGCAAAUCCAUGAUCUCCAUCGUCACAAGAAUUGGUCAGAAGAUUAACUAUUACAGUUCUAUACAUCAUAUCCAAAAUGACAUCUAAAAGUUCCAUAUACACUGUGUAAUGUUCCGUUUGUUUUGUGUUCAGUUGUACUACUAUUACUGGCCCAUGUGAAUCACUAUUCAAUCUUACAUAUAUUAUGCGACCUUUACAAUUAUACUCGUGAGAGGCCGACCGGAGGGAUUGAUGCAAAUGUCCGUCAACCACUGGAUAAGCUAAAAAUAGUUAUUGAAAAUAGUUAUAAAAUAUACAUUGUAUUGACUUUAACAUAACUCACUAAUAUUAUUCACGUCUCGAACAUUUGUUUCUUUUGAUUCAGCCAAUGCCUUCGAAAAGAAUAUCAAUAAAAUCGAAAUCCAAAUCAUAUUGUAAAUGUUUGAUUUGUGUUUUACUCUCGA